CCGUCUUCCUGUUCUAAACCACGUGGACGCGCCGGGGGCUGCGGGGCUGAGGGAGGGAACUUGGGGGGGCCACCGCCACUGUCGCCUCCGCUGCUCGGGUCGCGACCCUUACGCCCGUUCGAAGUCGCCGUGUCCCGGUGUCCCGCGCCUUUGCGGAGCGCGCGCACAUGGCGACCCAGGCGCACUCCCUCAGCUACACGGGCUGCAACUUCUUGCGCCAACGUCUCGUCCUGUCCACCCUGAGCGGACGGCCUGUCAAAAUGCGAAAGAUUCGGGCCAGAGACGACAACCCUGGCCUUCGAGAUUUUGAAGCCAGCUUCAUAAGGCUUUUGGACAAAAUAACUAAUGGCUCUCGAAUUGAAAUAAACCAAACAGGAACGACCUUAUAUUAUCAGCCUGGCCUCCUAUAUGGUGGAUCCUUGGAACAUGACUGUAGUGUCCUUCGCAGCAUUGGCUAUUACCUGGAGAGUCUUCUCUGCCUGGCUCCAUUUAUGAAACACCCGUUAAGAAUAGUUCUACGAGGAGUAACUAAUGACCAGGUUGACCCUUCGGUUGAUGUCCUUAAGGCAACAGCUCUCCCUCUGUUGAAACAGUUUGGGAUUGAUGGUGAAUCAUUUGAGCUAAAGAUUGUGCGACGGGGAAUGCCUCCUGGAGGAGGAGGUGAAGUGUUUUUCUCAUGUCCUGUGAGGAAGGUCCUCAAGCCCAUUCAGCUCACAGAUCCAGGAAAAAUCAAACGGAUCAGAGGAAUGGCCUACUCUGUGCGUGUAUCUCCUCAGAUGGCAAACCGGAUUGUGGAUUCUGCAAGGAGCAUCCUCAACAAGCUUAUCCCCGAUAUCUAUAUUUACACAGACCACAUGAAAGGAGUGAACUCUGGGAAGUCUCCAGGCUUUGGGUUGUCACUGGUCGCUGAGACCACCAAUGGCACCUUCCUCAGUGCGGAGCUGGCCUCCAAUCCCCAGGGCCAGGGAGCAGCUGUGCUUCCAGAGGACCUCGGCAGGGACUGUGCCAGGCUGCUGCUCGAAGAAGUCUACAGGGGUGGAUGUGUGGACUCAACCAACCAGAGCCUGGCUCUAUUGCUCAUGACCCUUGGACAGCAGGAUGUUUCCAAAGUCCUUCUAGGACCACUUUCUCCCUACACGAGAUAGCUGUCAGUGGUUUUUGUGUUACUUGAGAAGAUGCUAGCAGAAGAUGUGAGAAUUCCAGGUCAGAGACAAAGAACUUUAUUACUCAGAGCACAGCAAGAAGCCCAAGCUUCGUGUUAGUAUUGGUUUCCUCUGUCCUCCCAAGCCCUGCAUUGGUGAUAUCAAGGGACCCCAGGUAGAUGCCAUGCAUGUAGCAAGUUUGCAUCACAGCCAGAGAACAUGCCCUCUUGAAGACUUCACCUCUUACAGCAAGUCUGCCCUUUGUUCCAGAUGGGGACAUUACUUCAUCCUCUGGAUUGCCUCCUGUGAACAGAGUUAUGAGAAACAGCCCAGCUAAAGGCUUUCUCAGUGAGAAGGUGCAGGAACUCUCAGGGCCGGAAGCAGAUUCCCCCUGCCAACUAAUAGAGUCUACAUUUGGUAUGUGUACAGGAUUGGAGUUGGUUGUAGGGGAAAGGUCUGCUUCUUUCUACUAGCAUUCCAAAUGGUAUUCUCCACCUGGGGAGGGCUUUUGAAGUAAGGGAAGGACUUUGCCUCCCUAAUCCUGUGGAUACCUCUUCCUUUUUCAGUGAAAGGGGGACAAAGGAGGUCUGUGCUCUCAAGCCUGAGGGCUGUGGGGGGGAUGUGGAGAGGAAGACAUUGAAGAAAGCCAGGCCAUUUUGAACUGUGGCACUCUACUUACUGAGCACUGUACACACUGUGCUAGUUUUCUGUUGCACAUAACAAAUUACCACAAUUUAGCAGAUUAAAACAAUGCCCAUGUAUCAUUUCACAGUUCUGUAGGUCAGAGGUCCUGGUGGGCUUGGUUGUGCUCUCUGUUCUGUUCUCUUGGUGGGGUCUCACCAGGCUGAUGUCAGGGUAUCAGCUGAGUUCUGCUCUGGGAAAGAAUGUGCUUCCACCUCAUUUAGGUUGUUGGCAAAAUUCAGGUUGUGAGUCUGGCAUCUCCAUUUCUGGCUGGCUGUCAGCUGGGGACAAAUCUGAUUUUAUUAGAGGCUGUCCUCAUUCCUCGUAGCUUGGACUCCUCCGUGCUCAAGCUAGCAAUGGUUCAUCAGAUCCUUCUGUUGCAUGGAGUCCUUCUCAUGCCUUGAAUCUGACUUCCUCUUGUGGCACUAGCUGAAGAAAACUUACAUGACUCAUUACUUUACUUACUUUUAAGUAAGAUAUCAUAAUCCCACCUGGAUAAUCUUCCUAUUUUAAGGUCACCCGAUCACAGAAGUACCUGUGUGUGAAUAGCCAGGGACUAGGAACUUUGGAAGGCCAUCUGAGAUUUCUGCCCACCAUACAUGCUGCAGUCUUACUUAGUGCUGCUAAUGUUUGAACCUAUAUCACCCAUGCUCAGAUACCGAAUUAAGGGGCCACAUAGCUUGGGAUGACAAAUGCUGUCGUACAGGGUUUUUCUGUCCCUUGAAGCAAGCUUUGGAAAUGGUACUAUUGGUCAAUUUAGGGUGGCAAGUAAACUCCAGGCAGAUCAUUGCAAGCAAUAGAAGGACCUUGUGCCUCUAUCUGUUCUAAACAUAGAAGUGUCUGGUGGUUUCCAGCCCUCCACCUGGCACAGCUGCUUUGGGAGUGGGACCAUCUGGUGGUAGGAGUGGUGAUGUUGCCAAAAGGAGAACAAAUUCUAUAUUCAAACAGCCUGCUCCCAGCCCCUUCUCAAAUGCCCAAGAGAAGUAAUUCCGUUCCUUGGGCAGAAUCCAUCCUGUGCAGAUUGCUGCUACAUCUUAGUGACAUUCAGACCCUCUAGUCUCUACCUUGUUCUUAGCUUAGCUCCUGGUUGGUCCAGCUUCCCUGGGGUAGUGUGUUGGGAGAUACCAGCAUUUGGGGUUUGGUGUUCUGUCCUGGACUGUAUACUGCCUUCUGCUGAUAGAGACACAUCACGCUAAGCUCAGUGAAACAAGUGACUUUUUUUCUUUUUAAGGCAGAUCCACCUGUGACCUUGUUGGGGAUCGUGACAGAAUCAUUUCCUUUGCCUUCCUGUCAUAUGUCAGGCCUUACUUGUGUCUUUCAACACCCUUUAACUGCAUUUUGUGAAACACCAGUUAGCAUCCCUCAUCAUAAUACUUUACCAUAUUUAUCAAGACAGUUGAUAAAGGAUGGGAGGAAGCUAGGAUAUUGCAACAUGACACACUGAUGGGGAAAGAGCAGGAGGAGGCCCUACUGAAAUCCAAAUUGCCCUCAUAGGACACCUAAACCUCAUGGUCUGUUUGUUUUCUUAAAUCUUUUCUGAUAAAAAGUGGUGAAGUGGUGUAAUCAUCGAUUAGAGACCAACAAUAGCAACAAAAAAAACCCCAAAAUGUAAAGUUGCCCUAUGGUGCCUGUCCUCUCACUGUCAUGUGACAACAAAAGCCCAUGAGGGGGCCAUUUCCUCCUAGGGCUUCUGUGUUGGGGAGGCUCCUAGGUGAGGCCAAUACUGGCAGGCAGUUUCAUGGUGACUAAGUGGAAGAAUUGAUGCUAAAGGUAGGGGCAGAAGUAAGCAGGAUGGAGUAAGGAGGCUUGAAGAAGUGGAUGGAACAAAGAUAAAUGGAGGAAAGGAAACACCAGGGGAGUAAGGAAUGCCACAGUGGGGGAGGUGAGGGGUGAAGGUGGGUAAAGAAAUGUAUUUAUUGGGGGCUCUGGUCAUGCCAUGAGAAGUAGAAUGAGGGCUUCCAUUGGCUUUACCCGUUGGUAUUCUUGGAGACCUGUGGAUGUGCCAAGGGUGAUUUUAGCCAGCUGCUGAAUGGGGGGACAGCAGUGCCUCAGGCUCUGUGCCCCUUCUGGGUCUGUACUGCUCUACACCCAGCUGAGAGUUCCCCUGUUCAGAUGACCCUGCUCUGUUCUUUAGAAGUGACUUACAGUUCAUUAAUAAGGCAAGCCGGGUCUUUUCAUACUCCAGAUGGCUAGGCCUAAGCAGCCAUUGGAGUUGAACAGUUUAUCAGUGAUAGGCAUCUUAAGGAGGCCAAGCCCACACUUCUCCUUUACUCAAGUAAAUAAAAGCUGUCAUUUUGUCAGGGGCUGCCUGGGUCUGGGGGCUACUCUAAUUCCAUGUCACAUUUGGCCCAUACCUGUCAGAUAGUCUGACUCCAAGCCUAAGCACAGGCCUGGGAUCAGCACCUGUUGAUGGACCACCAGCUUGGAGCUUCGAUACGUGGGCCACUCCCUCUUUUCCUGGUCCUGAUGCUAGUGUUUCUGCACGUGGGUCCUGCUCUGCCGAGACCCAUCUGCUGGGUCUACAGGGCAAGCGAUGUUGAUCUCAGGAGGUAAGUGUGGCCCAGCUUGUUUUCUGGUGCAGCUUGGCUACUAAUGAGCUAUUAGGACAUUAACUAAUUCACCUCCUCACACUUGUGUUUCCUCUGUGGAAUUAGGGUGAAUAUUUGAGGUAGUAUGAGAAUAAUCAGACAGAUGCCCAUCAUUGCUGCUUCUGUCCCUCCCCCAUUGUCAUAGGUUUAUUUGGUGUAGCAGGUAGGUUAGUUGGUGUGAGGUUUUUUUUUUUUUUUUUUGAUAUUGAGAUGUUUCUCUUGAGGUCUUAGGAUACUUUUUAUUCCUGUUUCCUAAGUCAAACCCUCUAAAGAGCAUUAUAUCAAAAAAUGUUCAGAUUGGUUAAUUUGUUAAUAAUUUCUGCUGUGAUUUGGGAAAUAUUCAAACUGAUGAAGGUAGGUAAGUUUCUAGAAACUAGAGGCCAAUUUAAAGACAAAGGAUAAUGAACCAGCCCAGCAAUGACACAUGUGACAACUUCAUGUGUCUGCUUUAUGAAUACCGUGUUACCAUGGAUGUGAGAGUGGUGUGACUCACUGAUGCUGGGCUCACUGGUGGCCACGUGGGCACCGACCUCUGUCUUGGGAACAGGUGAUGCCCCCAAGGAGGGAAUGGUAGGGGCAGCUACCUCUUCCUGUGUAUCUGGGAAUGAUAGGACAUCUUGCAGCUCUUCAUAGUCUUUAGGGGAAGAUAUUGGUGGGGACCAUGCAUUUUGAAAUGGUGCCUGGAUCCAGCUUCAGGUGGUGACUGCCAACGUCAGGUUGUUCUGGUGCUGAGUGCACUUGGGCCUGGUCCUUCCCACGUUCUCCUCUCUGUCCCAGGCUCUGUUUUGACGUCUGCUAUUUUACUUGUUAGGUAUUACAGGCAUUGUGGCCAAGAUCUGUUAAGAUUUGAAGAGCCAAUGGAAAUGUUUGCAAAACACCAGGAAAAAAUGCUGGCUCCAAAUUAUGUAAAGAAAAGAGCAAAAAUAAUUAUCUACAAGAUGAAACAUUUCUCAACUUAGUUGUUAAAAUAGAAUAGUAUAGGUGAGAGUUUCUUUCUUCACAAGCAUUUUCAAGCACAUGAUUGCCAAGCAAUCAUAGCUAAUCUUCUGUUACAUGAGUUGCUAGUCACCAAGCAAUUUAAGAGGGAAAAUUAUAAAAAUCUGAGCUAUGGCUGCAUUUUAAUGUGUGGUUUGAUAAUGCUGUCAUAAGGGGCCUAGAAAGUAAAACCAUAGCCUCGCCCACUAAGCUGGCCCCUCAGUCUGAAAGCCUGAGCAGUUCCUGAGGGUCCCCCACCCCACAGUGCACCCCCACCUCCACCAUGUUCUCACAGACCCCUGGGUGCCUUCCCUAUCUUAGCACUCACCACACUCGGUCAGUUGUUGCUUAAUUCUCGUCUCUGUUAACCAGUCGUUUACCUUGGACUGGUUUGUCUUUUAAGAUUUUGUGUGACUAUGAUUAUAAAGUGGUAUUUGAAAGCCUUUAUUAAAAAGAAAAAAUAAUUCAGUCAUUUAUGAGGAAAGCUUUUGGUUUCUUCGGUUUCAGUAGAACACUGUGGUAGAAAGUAACAAGAGUUAGGUAUGAGACCUGUGUUUGAAUUUUAGCAGUGUCAGUCGCAUUGGGCAGGUCCUCCACCUGAAAUGAGCUUCCUCAUCUGCGAAGUGGGAAAAUCAACCAUCCACUCUGGAUUUAUUAAGCAUAAUGGUUGUAUAUGAAAUGCUUAGGAUUCUUUUUAGCUGUUCAGUCCUUUACAAAGCAGUCUUAAAGCAGUCUCUACUUAACAAGUUAAGGUAAGCAUGAGUCACAGGGUUUUUAUCUUUACAUCUGUACCUGGAUAUACUCAGGCAGAAGACCAGAGACAAGAUACGGCACUUGCACUUGCGUUGUGGUCAAACUGCCCCAUGACAAAUGUUACAGAUUUAAGAAGAGGACCUACAGGCUACUUUGAAGUUCAUCAUGUUCCAACACAGAUGCAUCCAAUCAGGGGGAAGGGAAAAGUCAGGCCACCUCAGGGCUGUCAGAUUCUAGAGAUUCUAGAGCUAUUGUGUACCAAACCAAACUGAGGAACUACAGUGUCAGCAGAAUUCAGUUCUCCCAUGUCUCAGCUCUGCUGUCUUCUGUGUUGUCUCCCUUAUCCAGCAAGCAUUUUCUUUAGUUUUCUAUUCUCUCAGCCACCCUAGUGGACACAGAUUCUCCCUACCCAAUACUUGUUUAAACAAACAAAAACAGAAUUGUAUCUCUUUCUGCUGACCUCAGGACAUUUUAAUUGACCAGAUCUGGGUCUUGUCUCAUCCUUGGAGGGGUAAUGAUGUCAGCUUCACCCAGAUUGUGUGGGUUAAGAGAAAAGGAAGAGAUGAUUUCCAAGGAAAAAUUUGAAUGUUCUUACACAGAGAAUGGUUACGGGGAAGGUAGAAACAAAGAGUUGACUGUAGACUGCAUUACCUAAUUCCUUGAAUAAUUUUAGAAGAAUGUUCCACAGUACUGCCUAUCACCAUCUCACCAUCCAAAACCUGGUGUUAUAAUAUGGAGUUGGACAAAGAUGAAUUCAAUUCAACAAACAGUGCCCAACAUAGGCAAGAUCACUGUAUCUGGAAGGCCAAAGUUAGCGUGGACAUUGGGUGAAAGUUUAUCAUUUUAGCUGGUAUUCUUGGGCAGGAAGGAGAGCCUAUGAUACCAUCCAGGAUGGUAACACAAGGAAGAGAAAUGACAAUGAUCAAUUCCAGGGGUGGGAGCACUAUGUGGGUUGUGGGCCAAGAGAAAGAGCCGGGGGCUGGCCUAAAGGGAAGAAAGAGUCCCCCUUGAUGCCCUCCAUCACGGUUCUACCUUUCCCAACCUCUGGGAAAACAUUCAGGAGAGAGGAGGAAGACCAAGGCUUUUUUUCUUUUGCCAGGAAUACAAGAAUUAGAAUGAUAACAUAAAAAAGCUACCUCUGGAAGAGCAUAUAUAAUGAAGACAUAUAUGUGAUGAUAGAGUAUUAGGAUGGGGGCAUGAUAGGUAUUUUCUCUCAUUUCCAAAUAAUUUGGACUGUUUUAUUUUUACAGUUUUAUUUAUACACACACACACACACACACACACACACACACACACACCUGUUUGUAUAUAUGUAUAUUUUCAUUAAGUAUCUCAAGUAUAACUCCUAUGAUUUUCCAUGAGCUCCAAGGUAAAUAAUGAUGGGGCAUCCUCUUUGUCCCACUCAUCCGCACCUUCCAAAUAAAGAAAGAGAAAAAACCCACACGAGCAACUUAUUUUUGGUGUGGCUGGGGCCUGAAAGUUGUGCAUCCAGGGCCUGCCCCUGAUGCUAGGUAUGUGGAUCAGGCUUCUGCAUCUUCUCUUUCUUCCAAGGCUGGCAGCAGGGUUCUGGGUCAGAGCACUACAUUCAACUCCAAAUUAGCUCAUGUUAGGUACACUGUAAUGCUUGCCGGAGCACAUUCCGUGGUACACUAGCAUCAUGAGAUGCUUUCUCUGGAAAGCACUUAGCAGAAGUGGAGAUAGUGCUGUAAUCUCCAGCUGAGGGUUGGAGUGUCGCAGUGCACAUUAACAGCAAAAGCUUGGAGAAGACCUGCAGUUGAGACUCUUGUUUAGCCUACCAGUUUUCAGACUGACCUGACCAUGGAACUUUCCAUACCCUGCCAAACACCGAAAGUGUUCCACGUUCCAUACCCUGCCAAAUACCAAAAGUGUUCCACGUUGUAGUCUUCUGCAAAUCAUAUUUUGGGGGUUCCUGGUUUAAUAAGAUUUUUUUAGGAAAACAUAAACUCUUCCAUUCUUGAUUGGAGUAUUUGUGAGAAGCUGUGCAGUUGUAGAGAACCUGGGAGAAGAUCCGGGCUCAUGUCUAACCCUUCCCCCACCUGUAUGGCAUCAACCACCCACACAUAAGAGCUUCAGAUCAGUGGCCACCAGUCCUACCCAGCCCUGCACCAUCUUCCUUUCAUGUCUGGCCUAGGAAUUAGAGGGGUCAGGUAAGCGAACAGCUGGGGCUUUUUUUCAUCUUGUGAUAAUUACAAUGCCCCCAGUUUCUUGAGACUCAUACUGACCUUUUCUUCUUGGCUCCAAACCUUAACAUGGCAGUGGAGCCCACCUGGGCUAUCAGCAAGAAAAGGUUGGAAGACUUGUAGAUUCCACUGACUGUAGGUUGGGGGCCCAGGGAGAGUGCCAGUGCUUUGUGGAAGCUUACCCAAGUCUUAGUAAUGGGUCAGAAAGAAACUGGAGUGGGGGGACCGCAGAGAAAUGGUUGCCCAUACUUCUGGGCCAAGCCUGAGUCCCCAGACACCUGGCUUUUCAGAAAACGGGUGUCAACCUGCCAGCAGUGGUCACUGAGAUGCAAGGAGAGGGUCCUUGAGGUAGUGACAUGGGAAUGGUGAGACAGCUUGGCUUUUUAAAUGGGAUUUUAAAAAGAGACUUGCACUUAAAACAAGACCCUCUGGCCCUGCUACUCUGCUGAUGGGCUUUUCAGAAAAGAGCUUGCUGCCCAGAUAUUCUUAGGGUCUUCUUUAAAAUGUAUAUGUCAACUAUAAACUUUUGUAGCUCUUGACAACGUGAGUGGGUGUUACUAUUUGCAGGCCUGAGUUUUGUCUUCUGGGAGUUCAGAAAGUGAAAUAGCAGCAGAGGCUCAGUCAGAGUCCUGAAUUUGACCCUGGUUUGGGAAUAAUAAAGAAUCUGAACUUCCUGUCCACCUGCCUGCUUGGAAGAAGAGUGUGAAAGGAAUGGAGAACAGCUUAACCUCUAAUUGAAGGAGUGUGUGGCGAUUGCCUUUGUUAACAAUACCAAGGAAACAGCUUUGGCAAAACGGGGGGCUGCCGGAAGAACGGCAGUGAGCCAGCUGCCCCAGUCCCUCAGGGGCUGUCCUACUUGUCUUAUCUGUUUGCCUGGAAUCCAUGUGCCCCAAGAUGACUGUGAACACUGAACACAUAAAAUGACUUGUACAUUUUUGUGUGACUUUCUUUGCAAAUUUUAAGAACUACUGCUGUUAUGAAUAAUAAAUUCACUUUAAAGCAUUA